AUGCUGAGCGAGAGAAGUACAAUCUCCUUGGUACCUUAUACGGGAUCAUCGUCGCAUCUUGACUACCUCGAGCGCGCCUAUGUUCGUGAUGCAAUUACCGCAGCACAAUACUCUCCUGCAUGCACACGUCUCCUCUCGCAGUAUAUGACCAUGCUCAAGCUUGUCAAGGAUUCCGUUCCUUCCAUUGAGCAGUUCAUGACACGGUAUCGGAUGGAUAACCCUGCGGCAUUACAUCGCAUACGAGUUGGCGUGCCUGCGACUGUUGAACAUUCUAGUGAGGCGGGACCUGAGACUGGAAAGUGGAUUGCUGAGACGACACAGAAUUUUAUCACAUUCAUGGAUGCAUUGAAGCUCAGGCUACGCGCUAAGGAUCAACUUCACCCGAUCUUGCAAGAACUUGUCACAGGGUAUGCGAGGUUCAAGGGAAGCAAGGACUGGGAAGGACGGAGCAAAAUGGUCAGCUGGCUUAUUACCUUGAACAGCAUGAAGGCAUCCGAAGAAAUCACAGAAGAACAGUCCCGGCAGCUUUCAUUUGAUGUCGAACAUGCAUAUGCCGAAUUUUUCAGAAGUCUGAGCAGUGGUAAGGAGAGAUCGUAA